UCAACAUUCCGCCGAGCGCCAACAUUAUUUUUGUUGUGUAGACGGCAGCCCUGUGCACUGCGUCCGUACCUUCUUGUGGCUUUGCGUGGAUUUCAAGGCUUGGUUGCUAGCACCCGGAGUUGGACAACUCAUAGCGCGGCUUUCAGCGGCUCAAAGUCACUUUGGACUAGUGAGAGAAACAUAGGUUUCAGGUAGUUUGUGGAUACAGUUUUGGAUUGGGAAGACCGUGCAGGAUGUCAGGAUCAUUGCCAUUCUAUCAGAAACACCACCGACACUAUGAUCGUGGAUAUCGUAGUCGGGAGACCCAGUCUGCUAUCAGCCAAUACCAGCAGAGCUCCAGCAGCUACUCCGCCCACAGCAAGAGCAGCUCUAAGGGUCUUGCAGCAACCUUCUCUGCUCUGGAUGAGAGCAGACUGAGUCCACUGCCCAAGCGGGCGAAGCCCACCUACCUGGCCAUGGAUAAGGAGAACCAGAUCAUCGGCUAUGUAGUGCCCAUCUUCAGGGGCAGUCAGGAGUAUGCAAGUGGGCUUUCGGACACGGAGGAGGCACGCCUAAAGGAGAGCUCGGGCUACAUGGCGCGCCGGGGCCUCUUCACCAGCGGCGUGGAGAUGGAGCGUAGUGAGCGCAGCGAGCACACGUCCCGCCGCACUGUCAUGAGGGAGUCUGCCGAGCGCAUCUCGCUCACCAAGAGGAUCCAUGAAAACGAGGAGUACCACAAGCGUAUGAACGAGGACAACCUGAUGCAUACCCCCGAGUUUGUGAUAAAGCCGCGCUCCCACACUGUGUGGGAGAAGCAGUGUGUGAGGCUCCACUGCACUGUGUCUGGCUGGCCUGAGCCCCGAGUGGUCUGGUAUAAGAACAAUGUCAGCAUUGACCCUAUGUCGGACCCUGGGAAGUACAAGGUGGAGAGCAAAUAUAAUGUGCACUCCCUGGAGAUCAACAGAUGUGACUUUGAUGACACGGCACAGUAUCGUGUAUCCGCCAUGAACAGCAAGGGCGAGCUCUCUGCCUUCGCUUCAGUCGUCGUCAAGAGGUUCAAAGGUGAAUUUGAGGAAGACUUGCCAACUCCCAGUCAACAUAAGGCAAACUCCGAACCAGAUGGCUGGGUAUGUGAAUACGGCAUUACCUUUGAGACCCACAUUGUGGACAAGUUUGACGUAUCGUUCGGCCGUGAGGGCGAGACCAUGAGCCUGGGCUGCACAGUGAUCAUCUAUCCAUCACUGCAGCGCUACAAGCCUGAGAUCGAGUGGUACAGAGAUGACAAGCUGCUGACUCCAUCCAAGUGGGUUCAGACGCAUUGGAGUGGAGAGAGAGCCACGCUCACACUCACACACCUCAACAAAGAGGACGAGGGCCUGUACACUGUCCGCGUCAUCACCAAGUCCGGAUAUGAAUCACACUCUGCCUACGUCUUCGUCAGAGAUUCCGAUGCGGAGGUGGAAGGCGCCCCUGCAGCUCCUUUGGAUGUGGUGUGCCAUGAAGCCAACAAGGAUUACAUCAUUAUCUCCUGGAAACAGCCCGCUGUGGAUGGUGGUAGCCCAAUUAUGGGUUACUUUGUGGACCGGUGUGAGGUUGGCACCACACACUGGAUCCAGUGCAAUGACACCCCAGUAAAGUUUGCCCGUUUCCCGGUCACUGGACUGGUGGAGGGCCGCAGCUACUCAUUCCGUGUGCGCGCCGUCAACAAGGCUGGCAUGAGCCACCCGUCCCGCGCCUCUCUGCCUGCCGCCGCCAUGGACCCCUCCGACCGCGCUCGCAAAGGCACUUCUGCCCCCUGGACUGGCCAAAUCAUUGUCACAGAGGAAGAGCCAUCAGAGGGUGUGGUUCCCAGCAAACCAUGUGACCUAACUAUUACUGAGGCAACAAGGAACUAUGUGGUCCUGAGCUGGAAGCCUCCGAGUGAGAAAGGGGAGGGUGCUAUGUACUAUGUGGAGAAGUGUAUCGUAGGCACAGACAGCUGGCAGCGCGUCAACACAGAGAUCCCCGUAAAGUCUCCUCGCUUUGCCCUGUUCGACCUGGCUGAGGGGAAGGCCUACAUGUUCCGUGUGCGCGCCUGCAACUCGGCAGGUGUGGGAGAGCCAUCUGAGCACACUGAGGCCACCACUGUUGGAGACAAGCUAGACAUCCCAUCUGCACCUGGCCGUGUGGUUCCAACUCGUAACACAGACACCUCUAUUGUGGUGUCAUGGGAGGCCUCUAAGAAUGCUAAAGAGCUGGUUGGGUACUACAUAGAGGCUAGCCUUGCUGGCAAAAAUGUGUGGGAGCCCUGCAACAACAAACCCGUCAAAGGCACAAGGUUUAUCUGCCAUGGCCUGACCACGGGUGAGACCUAUGUGUUCAGGGUGCGUGCCGUGAACGCUGCAGGGCUGAGUGAAUGCUCCCAGGAAUCUGAGGCCAUCGAGGUCAAGGCUGCCAUCGCCUCCCCUGCGCCCCCCUUCGGUAUCUGCGUGCUGGAGUGUGUGAGGGACUCGAUGGUGCUGGCCUGGAAGCAGCCCGCUUUCAUCGGAGGUGCUGACAUCACUGGCUACUUUGUGGACUACCGUGAGGUCAACGGUGGAGUGCCAGGGAAAUGGCAUGAGGCCAACAUCAAAUCUGUCAGCGAGAGAGCAUACAGGGUGUCCGACUUGAAGGAGAACGUGAAUUACCAGUUCCAGGUUCGUGCUGCAAAUAUGGCCGGUGUUGGCAUCCCAUCUGUCCCCAGUGAGGUCUUCAAAUGUGAGGAGUGGACCAUCGCUGUGCCAGGGCCACCCCAUGACCUCCAGGCCUUGGAAGUGCGGAAGACAUCCCUGGUGUUGCUGUGGAAACCUCCAGUGUACCAAGGCCGUGAUGAGGUGAACGGGUACUAUGUUGACAUCAAGGAGGCUGAGGCAGAUUUCGAGGCUUGGAGAGGGGUCAAUGAGAAGGCCUGCCCCAACAGAUAUCUGAAGGUCAGCAACCUGAAGGAGGGAGAGACCUAUGUGUUCCGUGUUCGUGCUCAGAACAAAGCUGGAGUGAGCAAGCCCUCCGAGCCUACAGAACCAGUCCUGGCUGUCACUAAACCAGGCACAAAGGACAUGGUGGUUGAUGUGGAUGACGAUGGUGUGAUUUCACUCAUCUUUGAGUGUGAUUCACUCACACCGGACUCCCAGUUCAUUUGGUCCAAGAACUAUGAGGAGAUGACUGACACUUCACGCAUGACCAUUGAAACCAAAGGUGGCAAGUCAAGAGCCAUCUUCAACAACCCAGAUGUGGAGGACAUCGGCAUUUACUCCUGUCUGGUGUCACACACAGAUGGAUCAUCUGGCAGCUACACACUUACUGAAGAGGGGCUGAAGGAACUGCUGAAAAUCAGCCACGACCACAAAUUCCCUAUUAUUCCACUAAAGACAGAGCUGGCUGUGGAGCUGCAGGAGAAAGGCAAAGUGCGCUUCUGGCUGCAGGCUGAGAAGAUAACAGCUAAUGGAAAAGUAGAAUAUGUUUUCAACGACAACGUUGUCUCCCAGGGAGAGAAAUACAAGAUGAACUUUGACAAGAACACUGGUGUGAUUGAGAUGGUUAUGGAGUCCCUGGGCGACCAGGAUGAGGGGACAUACACCUUCCAGCUCCAAGACGGAAAAGCCAAGAACCAGUCUAGCCUGGUGCUAAUCGGAGAUGUCUUCCAAAAGUUGAAAAAGGAGUCAGAAUUCCAAAGAAAAGAAUGGAUCAGAAAACAAGGUCCUCACUUUGUGGAGUACAUGAGCUACGAGGUCACCUCAGAGUGCAUUGUAAGACUGAAGUGCAAGGUUGGAAACAUGAAGAAGGAAUCUGUUGCUUUAUGGUAUAAAGAUGGACGUGAGGUCCAGGCAAAUGAGAAGCUGGACUUCAGUGAGGGAUGGCUCCACCUGGAGAUUGCACAGAUCUCUAAGAAGGAUGCUGGAGUGUAUGAGGUGAUUGUGAAGGAUGAUCGGGGAAAGGACACUUCCACACUCAACCUUACAGAUCAAGGGUUCAAAGACCUGAUGAACGAAGUGUUUAGGGUGAUUGCAAACUCAUCUACCCCACUGAAGAUCCAGAGCACUGAGGAAGGCAUCAGACUGUACACCUUUGUCAACUACUAUAAUGAUGAGCUUCACGUCACCUGGCAUUACAAGGAUGCACCCAUCUCCUUCAGUGACCGCAUUAAGAGUGGUGUGGUGGGAGAGCAGCUGUGGCUGCAGAUCACAGAGCCGACAGAGAAGGACAAGGGCAAGUACGCCAUCGAGUUCUUCGAUGGGAAAGGAGGCCUGCAGAGGACCGUAGAGUUGUCUGGACAAGCAUUCGACGAUGCCUAUGCAGAGUUCCAGAGGCUUAAAGCGGCAGCCAUUGCAGAAAGAAAUCGCGCUCGCGUUGCAGGUGGUCUACCAGAUGUGGUCACCAUUCAGGAGGGCAAGGCCCUCAACUUGACCUGCAAUAUCUCAGGUGACCCAGUUCCAGAGGUCACCUGGUUGAAGAACGAGAGAGAGAUGGUGUCUGACGACCACUACAUCCUCAAGUUCGAGUCGGGCAAGUUUGCCAGUUUUACGAUCUCUCAGGUGAACACAGCGGAUUCCGGCAAGUACAGCAUCCUGGUGAAGAACAAGUACGGCACAGAGAGCGGUGAAUUCACUGUAAGUGUGUUCAUCCCUGACGAGGCAAACCCCCCCGUCGUCAAAAGAAAGUAAAAUAGCAGGAUUCCGAUGAAUAAGUAAAUAUGUAUAAAAGCGACAGACAUGGAAAGUUGAUAUACGUACAUAUAGGCUGCUUAUUAGUGCCAGGUAUUAGGCUGUGGCACUAAUGUAUUUUACCCUCUUUCAGAGUAUUUAUAGUGCAAUGUAGAAGGGAAGAGACGGGUGCUAAUAGUCGUUUAAGGUUUCACAGGGUAGGCCCAAAGAUUUGCAGCCGGAACUGAAUACUGACAUGAAUAAUGUUGGUCAAAUGUGUCAGAUGAUAAAUUGUUAGCAUAAUACUCAUUUACAGUCAUAGUAUGUAAAAUGUCAAAACUAUGUUUGCUAAUAAUGUUUUAACUAACUGGUUAUUAUCCAAAAUGGCACAACAAUUAUAUAUCAAUGGGUUGGGAUGGAAUAGUUUGAUAGCUGAAGUUAGACGAGUCCCUGAUAUGUUUUGACUGUGUGUCCUGUUUUGGUGAAUGCCUAUUGUUGCUUGUAAGAGGGUUUUGGAGAACUGUGCUGUGCAUGCGUGAGUGUUUGAGGAUAUGAAGCCAUAUGUUCAAAAUGUGAGGGGAAUGUCACCUCCAUACGUCUGACCGGAGGAAUCAUGGUGUCCUGUUAAAGUCAAGAAUCUCUUUUAAAUGUUUUGUUCAGUUGAAUAUAAAUGUUUCAUGUGUUUCAAUGUGUGUCCCAUGUCAUUCACAGUCACUGCAUUAUAAUUGUUGCAUCACUUUCCUCCACUGCAUAGAGAAACAUAGUUGCAUCACUUUAUCUCUCACUGCAUAGACUAUGAUGUCACCUUCUAAAUCACUGCAUUUACUGAAGAAGUCACUCUCUGUUUCAGUGCAUAGAGGUAAUGGCAUAAUGUGCUUUAUCACUGCACAGAACUCUAUGACAUACUCUACUAUGUCACAAUAAAGACUAUGACAUCACUUUGUCUGUCACCUCUUUCUAAUAAAUGGAGCACGUAUUCCCUCA